AUGUUUAAAUUUGUGUCUUUUCGCGCUGAUUGCCUCAACGGCGGCAGCUGCCUCCGAGGCAGACAGUCUAUUGACGAGUGCCCGCAAAAUGGUCAAGGAUUGCGGCGACUGAUGGUGUUGUGCAUGAAGGAACGUGCCCUGCAUUACUUUGCUACGGAAAACGGAGAUGUGAGGCUGACAGAGGGCAUUGCCUUGGUGAAAACCGAUGAUAUUCCAGUAGGCCGAUCCCUCAAUGAUGUCCAGCUGCCCGAAGAGGUGGAAGCCCGUGAAUCUGAGGUCGAUUCAUUGCUGGUGGAGCGUGUUGCUCGCUUCUUUCGCACACACACAUUGCAAUUCAAGGUCCCCAAGGACUCCAUCCAGGAUAUGCAACGUGCUUUGGAAGAGUCUCGCGGCAAGAAGAAGGAGAAAAAGAAGUAUUUGAUGCCACUGUUGAUGCUUUUCAAACUGAAAAUGGUCGCUCUGCUGCCUCUGGCUAUUGGCUUCUUGGCAGUGAUCUCAUUCAAGGCUUUGGUCAUUGGCAAGAUUGCUCUGCUGCUCUCGGGCAUCAUUGGACUGAAGAAGCUGUUGGAAUCAAAGAAAGAGAACUACGAGGUUGUUGCGCAUCCGCACUAUGAACACGAGCAUAGCUACGGUCGAUCGCUGCAAUGCGGCGAGGCUCAGAAUCUGGCCUAUGCGGCGUAUAAGCAAUAA